AGGAAGCGAGAGCCCCCGGACACGAAAAACGAAAGCUUUUGACAGUCACUUUAAGAUCAAGCGUCAAAGCGCUGGGUCGAAAGGUUUCCAACUGCCAUAACUCGAAGAAAGCAAGGAUAAGGAAAAAUCAUUAGAAGCACGCCAGGAAGGGAGACAGAAGCUUAACGCGAGGCCGAAAGAACGGGAUCAAAAUUCGAGCCUUCCCCGCAAAGGCGGCCAGGCGGAAGGUACUCGGCGCCUGCCGGUCCCUCGGGCCUGCAGAGAAGCAGGUGUUUGGGGGAGUUCCUCCGAAGGACCAGACCCCCGGCCCCUCUGACCCUUCAGCGCAAGAGCUAGAAGCCGCCCCCACCUCCCCAUCCAGAAGGACGCGGUGAGCAUGACCCACCCCUACUGGCCGCACCCCAGUCCCCGAGCCUGCUGGGCGAGUCGACUCCGGGCCCGGCGGGAGGAUGCUGCCCUUGGCAAAGGCGGCAGCGGCGGCGGGCGGGGGCCAACUCGCAGCAAGAGAGAAACUACCAGCAGCCAGGCCGGAAGCGGCCGCCGACCCACCCGGGGCGCUGCCCGCCGAUACCGGCUUCGGCAAACAGGAAAGCCCGGCGAGCUGGCCCAGCCCUCCGGCCCCCGCCCUCCCCGGCAGCAACUCACCAUUUUCCUUCCGGCCGUCAGCAGCCUUUCGCCUCCCCUUGGGCCCCUUUAAGAAUGGCACGGCUGCCGCCUCCGUUCCUGCACGGCGCCUGGCAGAGCCGCCCCCACCAGCUACGCGGCAGCUGCAGGGCAGCACGUGACGGCCAACGGCGGCCGGCGCGGCUCAAACUUCGCAGGAACGCGAGUGCCCCCGCCUCUCCCAUUUCUCCCGCCCUGUUUCUUGAACCCUCCAGUGGACGCUAUCGGAUUUGGAGUGGAGGACUUUCAGUGCCAAAAUGCAUCCUCAAAAUUCGAGCCAGUUUUUGCUUCCUUCCAACCCUCCUCAAUCUCUGAGAGAAAUUUCAUGGUGACAUGAUUGAGUCAACGAUUUCAAUGGCAAGAAGAACAGGGGAAAGGGGCCCUGGGAAUCAGAGGGUGUAGAGGAAAUCCUGGAGAGGAGAGACUGGAAUUGACACUGGGCACUUCCCUAAGCUUCACAUGUGAAGACACACCCACAGAAGUAUGGCAAGGACUUUGAGAGCUUAGCUGCAUUAUAAACUACUGCCAAGACUCAGAUUAACCCAGAGUGGCUCAUGUGAGGAACGGAUCCAAAUAACAUAGUAAAGACUCUGAAAAUUCAGCUGCCCUUCUGUAUCUUGAUUGUGGUGAUAUGAACUGUACACCAGACAGGAUGAAUUUUUCUGUAUGUAAAUUAAAAAUUAAAUUUUAAAAAAUGUUAAAACUAAACAAAACAAGAACCAACUGUGGGAAACAGAGAAGCAAAAAUAAACUAUUGAGGAGACUGUUGUAGCACUCAGGGAAUACAUGGCCUGGACUGCGGUGCAAAUGGUGAUUUGAUGAGAA